AUUAUUAGAUUUCAAAAUUUAAAUUAAAAAAAAAUGGAAGGCUCGCCAAUUGUUGUGGAUCAUACUUUAUCAGCUGUUCGACAAUUAAACGUUAUUACAUACGCUAGCAGUAGCGAACAAUCAGUUAAACCUCUUUCUUGUACCAUUAUAAAUAAUAUAGAACCUAGUGUUUCAAUCGUUUUUGAUUCCAGCACUUUAAAGGAGGCAAAAAAAAACGAACAAAUAAAUUAUUUUUCUGACAAUCCUAAUUUAUGUGUCUCUGAAAAAACCCCUGGCAAUUCUUCUGUAACAAAUAAAUCAAAUGCGAGUUUUUCAAUUGUUAAUUCAAAAAAUAUUUUUGUAAAAAAAAAUGAUUUGGAUUUGCUUAGCUUUUCUAGAAAUGAAGGAUGUCAAGUAAAAUUGUCUCAGAGUGCAAAAACUUUUAAUUUAAUCGCUUUUAGUUCUAGUGCUGAUUAUAAUUCAAAAAUAUCAAAGUCGUCAUCGCGUACGAGCGUUAAUGGUAAACCUCUUACUUUUUCAGUGGUUUCCAACAAUAAUGAUUCUAAAGUGUCUUUAUUAUCAAAUAAAGCAAAUUAUUCUACAAGCUUAAAUUUUGUUAAAAAUAAAGUAUCUACUCCAAAUAAGUUUACCGUAACCUCAAACGUUAAAAAAAAAAUGUCAACUCAACUAACUUCAGAAAGUCUGUGUUUAAAUUUACCACCUUUAAAAUCAACUGUUGCGGUUACUCCGAAUGCUUUGUCCAUUUCAAAUUUUUCUGGAAAAUAUUCAGAAAUAAAUCAUUCCGAAAUCAAAUCAAACAUUUUAAAAAACAAAAUUUGCGACGGCAAAGGAACCACAACAGUCUUUUCGGAGCAGAAAAAAAUUGUUUAUGGCAAACUAAGUGUUAUAACUACGCCAAAUAGCGAAGGGGGUAAUAAAAAAAAACUCAUUUUUCUACCUACUCAAUCUUCUGAUUCAAAUUUUUCUAAACAGUUUUCUCUUAAUUUAAUUGCAAAACCAAUUAACACUCAAACGUCACAAUUUGUUUGUAAGGCGCCACCAGCUACUCAAAAAUCACCGAUUGGUAUAACUUCAACAACUCCACAAAACUCGAUGAUAUGCAAGACAUCGCCUGCUCCACAAAAAUUACCAAUAAUGGUUUCAAGUCCUUUAACUAAAAAUUUAUCCAACCUGAAUGUGAUUGAAGAUAAUAAAUCUCAUCUUAAAGUCGAACAUUCUAAUAAUAUAAAGCUAUCAGCUAGUCGUGUUUCAAAUUCUAUAGAGCGUUCACUUGUUAAUGAACCAAAAGACGGAAAAGGAGUUUCCAGUAGUAGCAGUAAUUGCGGCAUUUUGCAAACUUUUAUUUUAAACAUGCCAAGGUCUAAAUUUGGUUUAAAAUUUGGUGUUCAUUGUUCUUCACCGACCACAGUUAUUACUACUACGUCUUUAAAUACUUACAACGCAAAAAAUGAAAAAUCUAAUAUUUACAGUCCAACUGUUUCACACUCAAAUGAGAAAUCAAACACAAUUUUAAUAACAAAAUGUAAAACUCAAGACACUUUCAAAAAUAUUAAAAAAACACUGAUCGUAACAGAUCCAUUGAAGUUGGAUCAAAUUUCAAAGGAAAAGAGAUUAUUUAAAAAAAAGCAAGAUAUUCUAAAAGUAAAAGCUGUACCCACCGCACUCAGUGUAUCCAACGUAACCAGUGUAUCCAGCGUACCUUGUGUAUCCAGUGUAUCUAACAUACCGAUUUUGAAAAACAUAUCUUCAAUUGAAAUAAAUAGUCAAUGUAAUUCUAUAUUUAACCAUAACAGCAAUUUACUAGAAGUACAAACAUCCCAUAAUAUAACUCCUAGUUCGUCUACUACUUAUUUAAAAAAUAAAGUUCUGUUUAGAAAAAGAAAAAGUAAUGUAGAAUUAAAAGAUUCUCCGACUUCACUUUCGAAAAUUUCACGAACCUUUUUUGCAUUAGAUAGACUUUAUCGGUGCAAAUCACUGUGGAUAAACGAUGGUGAGAAAUGUAUUGCAUACCUGCGCGAGUUACGUGACUUGUUAGUUGUAGAGCGUGCCCGGCAACAAAAGUUUUUGGACUCAAUGAUGCAACUUAACAUUGAACGAUUAAAAAAAAAUAGUACACAAAAACCUGAGAAAAAAAAACAAACACCAGCAGAAAAACUUAUUGAUAAGCUAUCUCUUAAAAUAAACCAAACUCCAGCGGAAAAACUUAUUGAUAAGCUAUGUCUUAAUAUAAAGGUUUCAGAAACAAGCAAGAUUUCAAAACCGAUUGUAAAGAUAAAAACGUUUUCUGACAUUCAAAAAGAACAGGAAAAACAAAAGCAUCUCAGUAAAUAUCAUAUGGAUCAAAUUGCUGAAAAUGAAAAAAAAAAUAAUGAAGUCGCAGUGACCUUGACAGAUUAUAGCAUAAAUUCCCAGUCAUAUGUGACAUGCAAAAGAAAAUUAUCUGAUGACCCAGAAGUAUUUAAAAAGUUCAAAUAUUCAAAAGUUAUCUUAGAUUCCAGUCAAAGUACUGAAUAUUCUAAUGAAAUAGUUGCUUCUGAAAACGAUGCUAAUAUGCUAAACAAUCAAAACGAAGUUAGUACUUUGCAUGUAACUCAAAAUCAGGAUUAUUUACUUAACGAAGAUGAGAAUUCACCAAAACAGCACAUAUUUAUAUCAAAAAUCGAGAAAAUCGAGAAUUUGUCUAAAACGAACGUGUAUGUACCUGAAGAAAAAGAAAACAUACCCGAAACACAUUCGUAUUUAUUUAAAGACAACGAAAACGAAUUAGAGUAUAUUGCCUUAAAUAAAAACGAAGCGUUGCCGAACCUGCACAUAGAUAGUGCCGUAGACAAAUCAUUAACAAGCUCUAAAUUAGAAUUAUCUUUAGACAUAAUUAAAAACGAGAAUAAAUUUUCUAAUUCGAAUAUUGUUACUAUAAACGAUGACUAUAAAACAAGUUCAGAAAGUAUAUCAAAAAACGAAGACAAUAAAUUAAGUUUGGAAAGUAUAAACAAAAAUGAAGAUAAAAAAAUAAAUUUGGAAAAUAUAACUAAAAGCGAAGACGAUAAAACAAAUUUAGAAGAUCUAGCUAAAAACGAAGACAAUAAAUCAAAUUUAGAAGGUAUAGCUAAAAACGAAGACAAUAAAACAAAUUUGGAAAGUAUUACAAGAAACAAAGACAAUAAAGUAAAUUUGGACAGUGUAACAAGAAAUGAGGAAAAAAAUCAAAAAUUAUUGCAUACUUUAAAAAUAAAAUCUCCUCAUGAGAUACAUGAAAAAUUAAAAUUAGUCAAACAAAAAACUUCUCUGAGAACUCGAAGCUGCAGACCUAACCCUAAGGAUCCAUUUAUAUCUAAAGAGUAUGGUGCGUUACAGCAAGCAAUCGCCCUUUCUUUAAAAUCUGAGCAAGGUAAUAUUACUGAAGCUCAGUUUAAAGACUCAUCUUCUUUUAAAACAGCAUGCAAAAAAGUUACAAAAAGAAAGCGCUGUCGAGAAGUGGAUCAAUUAACAGAUGCACAUUGGAAUGAAUCUUGGCUAAGAGGCAGUUGUUCUCCAACUUACUCAAAUCAACGCUUGGGAAGAGAAGAGCGUUCUUUGCAUUGGGCUAUGUCUAAGUUUGCUGAAAUGGAUAAUAAAGAAUCAACUAAACAAACAUCUAAAGAUAAUCCGAUUCCAACGGGAAAAACAAAGAAAACUUCGACAAACGAGAAUUCCUUUAAACGUGAAACUUGUGAAAAAGAAAAUGAAAGAAUUAUUAAUGAUGACCAUCAUUCCUUAUUGAAAACGAGUGUUUUAAGAAAAAAGAUUUCAAAUACUGGGAAUAGCGGCGUAGUUCCAGGUAAAGUGGAAGCACAUGAUUUUAAAAUAACUCAUAUGAACGAUUUAAAAUACCCACGUGUUCAUUUGGAAAAGCAUAGAAGUGUUACAAAUUAUGCACAGGCUCAUUUGAAAAAGUAUACCAACAAUGUGAAGUACACACGCGUUCAAUCAAAAAAUCAUGCUAAUAGUGACAUGAACCCGACUGUUCAAAUUAAAGAGCAUUCAAAUAUUUCAUCAAGAAGAGAAGGUUUAAGAAAAAACACUAACGAUUUAAAGAUUUUAGUAGAAAAACAAAACGUCGCAUUUCUAACUUCUCAUUAUUCAACAGAAAAAAAAAUAUUGUACAACGUGAACCGCAGUACUGGAGAAACUAUUCUUCAUAAAGCUGCAAGGUUAGGCUACUGUAAUGUCGUUGAAGAAAGUAUCAGAAGUGGUGUAGACGUAAAUGUAAAAGAUUAUGCUGGUUGGUCGCCAUUGCACGAAGCUUGUGCUUACAGUCAAGUUGGUGUAUCUGAGAUUUUGUUAAAAUAUGGUGCUGAUAGUAAUAGCUCAUCUAAAAACGGAAUGAGACCAAUAUACGAUGCAUUAGAGAGACAAGACUUUCCUAUGAUUCGUUUGCUACUUUCGUACGGAGCUGACAUCUCCCUUCUAAAGUCUGCGAAUUGUAAAAGUGAUGUGUUGAAAUACCUGACAGCGCAUCAAAUUGAUCGAGAAAAAAACUGCAAUUCAACCAUGAAAGAGAAUGACGAGGGAUCAUGGAAAUUUGCAGGAACGUGUUCAUUUUUAGAUAACAACGAAUGUGUCGGAAUAUUUGAAGAUAUACCUAUUGAAGAAAAUUUAGCAAACAUUGAUUUUGAGAUUUCUUCUCGUCCAAUGCCUUUAUCCUUUUAUCUCCCUUAUCGAAACGAAAGCGGUGAUAUAUUAGGGUAUCGCAACUACUUUAUUCUUUCAGAGUUUUUAAAUGGUGCAAAUUUAACUAAGAGUGUACUUUUGAAACACAGCUCUAAAGACGUAAUCAAAAUGACAAUAACUGAGUUGGCUGAUUUAACAAAAAAAUAUUCUGUAUCCAAACCAACAGAUGAUCUGUCUUGCGACAAAAAUGGUUUUGUUGAACUAGUUUACAUUAGCCCUAAUAAGCUUCAAAAAAUUUUGAAGUCAAAAGUUGUGAAAAUUCCGGCCAUGAUACUCUAGCCCAAAAAAGAUAAUUCUUUUAUUAAGCUUUUUUAACGUUUUGGUUUUUUAGUGAUCACUUUAAUUGUGUUAUAUCUUUUCAUUUUAAAAUUCUGAUCACUUUAGUCAAUAAAACAUGUAAGGUAAAUUAAAA